UUAAAUACUUUCAUUAUCUCUUUUUUUAAUAUAUAUUUAUAAUAUAAAGGGAUAUAAAAAAAAGAUAUGAUGAAAUAUCAUCAUUUUAUAAAUAUAUAUAUAUUUUUAUAAUUUUGAUAUUUAUCAAUCACAUUAGGGGAGGGGUUUAUAGUUUAGAAAAUAACAAUAACAAUAAUAAUAAUAAAAUAUAUAGUAAUAUUAGUAUUCCAACAUCAAUAUUAAAAGAAAAAUUAAAAUAUGAUGUAGAAAAGAUGUUUUAUCAUGGAUAUAAAAGUUAUUUAAAAUAUAGUUUUCCAAAAGAUGAGUUAAAGCCAAUUAGUUGUACAGGUAGCAAUACGUUUGGAGAUUAUGCAUUAACAUUUAUAGAUAGUUUAGAUACAUUGGUAGUAAUGGGCGAUAUGAAAGAGUUUGAAAGAGGAAUUAAUUGGGUAAUCGAAAAUAUAAAUUUUAAUAACGAUAUCACUGUAUCAGUAUUCGAAACCAACAUUAGAGUAUUGGGUGGAUUAUUAUCAUCUCAUUUAAUUGCAGAGGAACAUCUAGGUAAAGAGAAAUAUAGUGGAAAACUAUUGGACUUGGCAAUCGAUUUGGGUGAUAGAUUAUUAAGGGCAUUCCAAACGCCAACCGGUAUACCGUAUGGUACUGUCAAUUUGAAGCAUGGUGUACCAAUGGGCGAAACACCAAUAACCUCAACUGCGUCUUCAACAACAUUCUCAUUAGAAUUUGGUAUACUUUCGAUACUUUCAAACGAUCCAAAAUAUGAAGAGGCUGCAAGAAGAGCAGUUCGUUCCAUUUGGUUAUAUAGAUCCGAUAUAGAGUUACUUGGAAAUCAUAUUAAUAUAUUCACAGGUGAAUGGACAAUAAGAGAGAGUGGUAUUGGUACAGGUAUAGACUCAUUUUACGAGUAUCUCUAUAAAGCUGCAAUCUUUUUUGACGAUGAAGAGUAUAUGGACCUCUUUUUUAAGAACUAUCAAUUAAUAAAUAAAUAUAUCAAAAAGGAUCCAUGGUAUGUGGAUGUUAGCAUUGAUCGUGGCGCUAUCGUUUGGCCAAUUUAUAAUAGUCUUCAAUCGUUUUGGCCCGGUGUGCAAUCGAUGUAUGGAGAUUAUGAAAGCGCUUUCUCUACCAUCAAAUCAUUUCAUAUUGUUUGGAGAAGAUAUGGUUUCAUUCCUGAGGGAUACAAUCUAUUAUCCGGCAACGUUCAACUAAACCAAAAAGGUUAUCCUCUAAGACCUGAAUUGGCAGAAUCACUUUAUCACAUGUAUCAAACCACUAAGGAUCCAAUAUUUGUUAGAAUGGGUAAGGAUUUAGUUUGGACUUUAAAUAAUUUAACAACUACAAAAUGCGGACAUGCAAAUGUUUUAGAUGUUGAAACCCAUCAACUAGACGAUCGUAUGGAGUCUUUCUUUUUAUCAGAAACAUGCAAAUAUUUGUUUUUAUUAUUCAAUACCGAAGAUAAUUUUAAUAAUAAUUUCAACAAUUCAAACCCAAAUCCAAUAGAUAUGGAAUCAAUUAUUUUUAAUACCGAAGGUCAUAUUUUCCCAAUGCAAUAUAGAUUCUUUAAGAAAUCAAAUAAUUUAUUAAAAAAUAAUAAUCAAGAUGAAAAUCUUAAAAAGAUAGAUUCAACUAAAAUUCAAAAUAAUGUAAAUAAUAAUAAUAAUAAUAAUGAAAAUAGCCAAAAUAAUAAAAAAAAUAAAAAUAAUGGUGAAAACAGCAAGGAAGAUAUUAUUGAAAAUAAUAUUGAAAAUAGCCAAAAUAAAAACAAUAAUAAUAAUCAAAAUAAUAAAAAUAUAGAUAAUAAUAAUAAAAAUAUAGAUAAUGAUGAUAACAAUAUUUUAGACAAUAGCGAUAAUGUUUUAGAUGGUGAUAAUAAUAAUAUUUCAAAUAAUAUAAAUAAUAAAAAUAAAAGUAAAAAUAAAAGUAAAAAUAAAAAUAAAACAAACAAAUUAGAUGGUUUAGAGGAUAGCGAAAUUCAACUUUUACCAGGCAGCAAAAAGUAUAAUUGGACUUGCAACCAAUUACCAUUUUUAAGAAGAAUAUCCUCCGGUACUUUUCAAUUUAUUGGUGGUCCACACGAUACAGAAUGGUUUGAAGAUAAGAAAAUUAAAGAGGCCAUGCACGAUUUAUCUUCAUAAUAAUAUAAAUAAAUUUAAUAAAAUUGUGUAUCAAUGAAACAUGAUUUUUUUUAGUGC